CAGAAAACAAAAGAGAUGGGGAAGAGAGAAAGGCAGAUGAGAGCAGACCAGGCUCCCUCCCUCCUACCUCUCUCCAUCUCACCCACCUCCCAGCCUCCUUGUCUGAUGAGGCCUGGGCAAGCAUGAGCAUGGAGAAGAGCCACUGUGAGGAGAGUUUCUCCAGCCUGCUGCUGGAGGACAUAAAACUGAGGCUGCUCCAAGCUUUCCGGGAACAGGGAUCAAGGGAAGUUGCCAUUGCCCAACUGUCUGGAGCAGUUGAACACUCAGGCAGUGGCAACACUGCACAGGUUGCCCAGGAGGAACUGCAGAGGGUGCAUAUAGAGGGAGCCAUUGCCUGGCUUCGUGUGGAACUGCUAGAGAUGAAGUCCCAGAACCGCAAACUUGCCAGAACUCUGCUGGAUUUAAGCAUGGAAAUAAAAAGGCUGAGAAAUGAAACCGACAUGUCAGCGGCUCUAGAAUCAAAGACGCUAAGCACUACUGCAAUCCCAGAAUAACCUACAAGAAUUCAAGGCAUAAAGUCUGAAAAUGCAGCACACAUCCAUUCCCGCCAGUGAUCCUGACAAAAUCUGAAGAUUAUGUUCCAAGUGAGGUUCAACUUGGUAAUGGAUUGUGGCUUGAAUAUGAUUAAGAAUUCCACUUAACUGAACUAUGGAAAGGUUGUGGUUUGUAUAUUACAAUUGGAUGCUUUUUCCCAAGGCUUAGCCAAAAUAGAGAGAAGAAUGUGACACCUACAGAGAAAGCAAUCUUAUAUUGGACACUAGAAUAUGCACACUAGAACCUAUUCUCCCAGAUUUUUCUUUUUAAAAAUGCAAUUGGAACUAAAACACCAGCUCUUUAAUACCUGUGUGUUUUGCCCAGAACGUUGGAAAUUUUCUUGAAAAGGUAAUGUAGGAAAGAGUUAAACUAGGUAUGGGAAAAGUGCAGUCUAUGAGGUACAUGUGGCUUUUGGGACCUCAUGUAAGUCUCUGUAAGUUCUCCUGAAGACCCCUUGGCUCCAUUCUUUUAUUAUUAUUUUUUUAGUUGUGGGUGAUUUUUUUUAACCUGAAAUGACCCCAAACACCUCAAAGUUACCAAUGUGAUCGCCCCCCCCCCAAAAAAAAAACCCAGCCUCAAAACAUACAUCCAAACCUCAUGCAAAAAGCCAUAAAUCAGCCAAAAACAAGAUGGGAAAUUACAUGGCAUCACUUCCAGUUGCAGUGUGACUGUCGGGGGGAUGAUGGAAAGAGGGAUACUCCUCCUUACCAGAUGCCCAGUUUUGAAUUAAACCUUAUCCACUGUCAUAGCCCUGAUUCAGGGGGCAGGCAGUUCAUACCUGCCUUUGCACUUUUAAAAACUCAUGGGCAAUUCAUUACUGGUUUCUUACCACCUCAUUACAUCCUCAGUUUCAUUGCUUUUGCAUUCACAGUUUGUAGGCACUGCAUUCAAUCACCUGUCACUUCAACAUUCGCUUCUCUAAUUGCACUGAGAGAAAUGAUGACAGCCCUUUGGAAUAUUUUCCACUUUUUUUAAAAAAAGAAAAAAAAUUGUAAUGUCUUAAAGUUUUUCUACUAAACUCAAAUAAAAUACG